AUGGGCUCAGAUAGCUACUUUCCGAGUGAUGUAGUGCGUUCAGCCACCCCGUGGUACCACUGGUACGAGAAUUGCGAGGUUCAGAAUGUCUCCACAACAAUCCCUAACAAUGACAUUCCGUCGUAUUUUGAGACAAUUUAUAAGGAGGUCGUGAGCCACGAGCGCGCUCUCUUUCGCCAACAAAAGUAUGGAAAACGGGACGAGCGGUGGAUAGAAGCCACUAUGGCCAAGGGAACGUUUAAAGACAGGAUUGCCACAAUGACCAUGUAUGCUCGUGAAAACCCAGUAACAAGCAUUGAACUACUUACCAAUUUGGAAGAGCUGUGUAAGGAUAAAAAGAGAAAUGUGGCUGACGUGCUUCCUGCACUGAUUGAGCUCUUUGAUCUGACUCUUCCGGUCAACCGCCCUCUGAUCUCGUUGGAACGUCGUUGCUUGGUGUUAAAGACGUCCGGCACUCAAUACCUCCUUCCAUCACAUAAAGGAAUUCUAGCCUCUUGGUACUUCGAGAACUUUCUCUUGCAGUACCUCCAUCGCCUUCUUGUCUGGAUUACCGAUGAAAUGGGCGCUGACCCUCAAGAGUGGAUGCGGCAGAAGGCCGUGGAAACUGCUUUUGAGUUGCUGCCCUAUCCUACGACGACUGAGAGAUGUAUUCGCUACAUGAUAGACAAGAUGGGCGACCCUGUCGGAAACAUUGCCUCUUGUAGCGCAUCUCGUCUGCGCACGGCAAUCUACUUGCUACACAGUAACUUAUCGUGGACUGUGAGUGUCGUGGAGAAGGAGAGCGAUGCAUCUAGACACAAGUUUAUGCUAUACGGAAAAGACAAUCGAAUCAAGUUCCUGAUGGGCUGCAUCGCGCAGUCAAUCUCUUUCCUGAGCAGACCUAACAUCUCACAAAAGAUGCUGAAGACCAUUGUAUCAUUCAUUGCUUUCAAUAUCCUUCCAUUCAUUCAGGGCCAAUCCGAUGCAGAGGUGCGCCUCAUCUCAGAUCUUUCAGAGCUAUUCUUUGGAUUGCUUAACAGGCAGUUGGCUGAGGUGUGCAAGGUAGAAGUUAAGGAUUCAAAGAUUGUUCAUAUGAAGAGCAAAAAGCACAAGAAGGGUUCAAAGACAAGAACCACAGAGGCGGCACAAAUGCAAGAGUUCUCCGUGCUGAAGUACAUCCUGCAGGGAUUGAGCACUUCGCUGAAGUAUGCUGACCUUCGCCUAAUAGGCAAUUUAGAUGGUCAUGUCCAUACGCUUUCUGCCAUGUUGCGUGCUACCAAGUAUCAUAUUUCCAUGCUUGUUGCCACCGUUCUCCUUACUGUUGCCGAGAAGGCCGUGGGGUCUGGGCAGCCUCGCGUAGUCCAGGGAUUGGAUAAUCAGGUAGCGAAGACUGCCGUCAAUGCAUACUAUUCCCUAAUCAACCGGUUUGAGGCCGCGCAUGUGACUUAUAAGUCUCGUACUGGCUUGCUCUUGAGUGGCAUGGGCCGGUGUAUGCAGUUGACUGCCAAUGGGAUAUUCACUUCUAAGAACAUACAAGCGGCCUUUUGGAAGCGCUGCCUUCAAACAGGUCUUGUUGCUGGGAACGGAAGCUUUGUUUGCGGAGCUGUGCUUGCUCUGGGCACAACGAUGCUGAGACUAAACAAUUAUGGGACCUCGACAGCAGGAUUAGCAGCAAAUGCUAAGAGCAACACCAACACAGUCAUGAGAGUCAUGCCCUUCACUGUCUCGUACUUGAUGUCUAGCUAUAAGAAAACGGUGGACAGCGGAAAUCGUCCCGUUGUGCGUCAGUCUCUUCAAGCCCAGCAGAGGGAACAUCCCAAGCCAGUUGAAGAAACAAAGAAAGAGGAGAGAACAAAGGAGCCAGUGGUUGUCACUAGUAAGCCGACUGCACACCUAGAGCUGUUAUUACCGUCCAGGGGAACUGAAGCCAGGCCUGCUGCAAGUGAGAAGCAAAGACAAACGGUUCAGGAAAUCGAAGCAGAUACGACUAGAAGAUACAUUCCUGAAGCAUAUAAUCCUGCGACAUCCUCUGCAGCUAACGAUGAGCUCUGGGAGCUGCUUAUUCUACAAAACCACUACCACUUAGGUGUACAGAAGGCCCUCAGUCUAAUGUUGACGGAGAACACCUUUGGACGGUAUGUAAAAUCAGACGCUGGUGACUAUGAUAAGCUCGAUGCUCCCGCUGAGUUUUCUAGCAAGGCUGCCAUCGAUUUCAUCGACGGGCGGACUGACUAUUGUGUCUCCAAGUCUAGGUAUGAUUUAGCGCGCACGUAUCCGAACGUAUGCGUCAACGGAUCAAUGUAUGAAGCUCUAGCAACACUUUAUAAUAUGAAAGGAAAAAGACAAAAGGCUGCAAGUGUUAAGCGCAUCACAGACACGCUGGAUGCUGUCACACCGAAAGAAUUUCUCACCAACUACAAGAACAAGGCAGACAUUUACACGGAUAAGCAGCGAACGGAUGCUGUCAAUAGGAUGACCGAUGAGGAGCGCGAUGAAUACAUUCUGGAAGCCAUGAAGCAAGAGGGCCUCAUCGAUAGCUCUGGUAAGGCAAUAGAUUUGGAUAAGAAGCAUGCGGAGAGGCAUAGGGCGUCAUACAUCGGAGGAGAGAUUCAUGAUGAAAAUGAUGACUCCAGUUAUCACUUGGAUGAUGCGUCGCAGGAAUUCACAAGUAACAUAUCAUAUUCAGACGAGGAUUCGGAUGGCAGAGAUGGAGACGAAGAGGAGUACGAAGAAACAGAAGCAAACGAGCUGGACGUCAAUCAAGGCUCAAUGACGAAGCGCGAGAGACUAAUGAUGAUAAAGAAAGCAGCUGGGCCCCGUGGGUUUGUCAGUGCAGACCUGGUCUUCGGUGAUGAUAGCAGCGACCUCGAGAUCGAUGAUAAAGCCUCUUCGAGAGCCGCGUCAAGGAAGCAUGUCGGUCCCGCUAUGGGAACAAAGUUACCAAUGCAAUCUCCUGGAACGCAAUGUAUCGCAGAUUAUGUUGAUAGUGAGGAAUCUGGCAUUGAUAGGAAGAACAGAGGUAAGGAAUUGCUUAAUGACAGCCUACUUCCGAGCACUGAUGAUGAUAGUGAUGAAUACCAGGAGGACGUUCCAUAUGUUACUCGCGCCAGGGUUAGCCUGGCUGCCAAAGAACAAACACCGUCGGGACGUCGAUCUCUCCAAGCGCGGAUGCAGACCCGGACUAGGGGCCUGAAGAAGUAG